AUGGACAUGUUAUUACGUCUUUGCUCUCUGCUGGUGUUUGUCUAUCUUACAGGUGCCAAUUAUCAACCAAAUUGGGAGUCGUUAGACAGUAGACCCCUUCCCGAAUGGUUCGACAAGAGCAAAAUCGGUAUAUUCCUCCACUGGGGGUUGUAUUCUGUACCUAGUUUCGGAUCAGCAUCGUUUUGGAUGUUCUGGCAAAAAAAAGAACCUCAGUAUAUGAAGUUCAUGAGACAAAACUACAGACCUAACUUCACUUAUCAAGAUUUUGGCCCUAUGUUUACAGCCGAAUUUUAUGAUCCGGAUCAUUGGGCCGAGAUAUUUAAUGCAUCGGGAGCCAGAUAUGUGGUCCUUACAAGUAAACAUCACGAAGGAUUCACAAUGUGGCCUUCCAAAUUCUCCUGGAACUGGAAUGCCAUGGAUUUAGGUCCGAAAAGAGAUCUCUUAGGUGAUUUGGCUAAAGCCGUUCGUAAAUACAAACAUAUGCAUUUUGGAGUCUACCAUUCGUUGAUGGAUUGGUUUCAUCCACUUUAUCUAACGGACAAAAGUAACAAAUGGACUACUAGAUAUUUUGUUGACGUAAAAACAAUGCCCGAACUUUAUGAACUUGUAAUCAAUUACGAGCCAGAAUUGAUAUGGUCUGAUGGCGACUGGGAAGCACCCGACACUUACUGGAAUAGCACAGGAUUUUUGGCAUGGUUAUACAACAAAAGUCCUGUUAAGGAUGUCAUCGUGGUCAAUGAUCGCUGGGGCAAAGGUAUUCCGUGCCAUCAUGGUGGAUAUUACACGUGCAAAGACAGAUAUAACCCAGGAAAGUUACAAAAGAGAAAAUGGGAAAAUGCCAUGACUUUAGACUAUUCUUCGUGGGGAUUCAGAAGAAAUAUAAAAAUAGCUGAUAUCAUGCCCAUUGAGAAACUGAUUGCAACCUUGGCACAAACCAUAAGUUGUGGCGGAAACAUUCUCAUCAACAUCGGUCCGACCCAUGACGGAAGAAUCAUUCCAGUCUUUGAAGAGCGACUUCGUCAACUGGGAUUGUGGUUAAGUGUGAAUGGAGAAGCCAUUUACGAAUCCAAACCUUGGACGUAUCAGAAUGACACCAUCACACAGAAUAUCUGGUACACUUCAAAAGGGGAAAGUGUUUACACCAUUGUUUUAAAUUGGCCAAAAGGUAAUAUAUUGACAUUGGGAGCAUUGAAACUGGAAGGUGCAGCAUCUGUUCGACUGCUCGGAUGGAAAUAUGAACUUCAGUGGAAGUCGUUGGGUGGUAAAGGAACUCAAAUUACUUUCCCUUCUCUAACACCAAAUUUACUUCCAUCACAAUGGGCUUGGGUUUUAAAAAUAGAACAAAUAUAGACAAUAAUUAUACAUUCAAUUAUUAAUUUUAUGUAUUUUUUCUUUGUAAUAGCUAACAAUAAUGCACCUUUGUAAUAGCUAACAAUAAUAACCUUUAAUUCUGUAAUUAAUAUUUAAUUUUUUAUGUUUUAAUUCAUUGAGUAUGAGUUGCUGGCAACUGUUAGCAUCUUUAAUGUAUUUCGUAGUGAAAAAUGAAAUUGUCUGUCGUGUGGAAUGUUUUGUAGAGAUGUAACAAUCUCCGUCUGUGUUCAAAUUACUGAUAUGUCUGUUGAUAUGUUGAAGGUAUUCAUAUAGCUUUUUCACUGAUUAGAAAAAAUUAUCUAGAGUUUUUUUUCAGUAAAAGUGAAUGUUAACAAUAUGUGUUUAUGGCAAAACAGCAGAAAUAAAGAAAUCAUUUACUCAAUGUU